AUGGAUAAGGUGGGAUAUCUGGGACACCGAGUGUCAGUUGGAGGUCUGGAGGCGAACCCGAAAGACCUGAAAUCUCUGACCGAUCUGCCGUUCCCCGGAUCUCUUCGAUCUAUGCAGUCCCGAUUCAUCGAAGAUUACGCUAUCUACGCUUCGGUGCUCUAUGAAUUACGCGAGGUGGAGUUCGCAGAACUGGAGAAAAGAUCGGAUCUGAGGAAGAUCAUGGACCGGAACGACCCGGUUCCACGAGAUCUCGGCCCACCGGAACUGAAGUUGACGGAACCAGUGGAUGAGAGGUGGAUCAGAGCACAUAGGGCCUUCACCGCCUUGAAAACCAAGAUCGCGACGACCCUAGUCCUCCGCCAUUUCGACGAGGCAAGAACGCCGGUAUUUGUCGUAUAUGCCAGUGAUUGGGCGAUAUCUGCUUCAACACGACGGGAUCUAUCAUCCGGUGGCGUUCGCCAGUCGCACCUUGAAGACGAACGAGUUGAAUUACAAUGUGACCGAGAAGGAGGUGUUGGCAUUGCUGAGGAUCUUGGAUCUCUAUUACAAUAUGCUAUUGGGACGCGCGAUCCGGGCCCUAACGAGGCAUUCUACAUUGUCCUGGCUGUUCAAGUCGACGGGAUUGCAGGGCCGCCUAGGACAAUGGUCCGCCCUCUAGGCUCCGUGGACGCUCGAGAUCACGAAGUGCACGAAGGGCGAGGACGAAAUACUGGCGGCGAUCGCGGCCAGUAUCACCCCGAGGGCGAAGAUGGACAACGCUCUGACCGAAAUCGCCCCCGGAAGGAACCUAAACGCCGGAUCCAAGCGCCGAUACCCACCGUAGAUCGAGAAGAGGAAUUAUGGGUGGUCAGUUUUGACGGAUCCGCUCGAGUUAAGCGUGGCGGAGGCGCGCUCAGCGCGAUCGUGUGGAGUCUGCCCAGAUGGGAGGUGGUCAAAGUCAGAUCGGGCUAUCUCGAGAGCCUCACCGUAAACGAAGCAGAAUAUAACGGCUUGAUCCUGGGACUCGGCAUGCUAAAGGACCUAGAUCCCAAAUACCUGGUGGUCUGCGGUGAUUCCAACUUAGUGAUCCGACAAUGCAUGUCAAGAGAGACUGGAACGGAAGUACCGACAGUCAUGCGAGCGCCACUUUGCAACGACAACCAGGAGGUGCCCGGGUACCAGGAUUUGAUCACUCUGAAUCGGUUAGACGAAAUCUUGAUUCCCAGGACCGAGAACCCAGUGGUGCGAGUUGCAGCGGUAACCACUCGAGCUGGUCGAGCGAGAUCACCUGCGGGCGUCAUGCAAGAGGAUCUGAUCCGGGAGAUGCGGGUCGAUCGGAUCAAGCAGGCCCAGGAGGAGGAAGUCUGGAUCUUAGGCAUGAAGAAGUAUCUGAGUGGCUCGAUCGCAGAUCUCACACAAGCGGAAGCGAGAUCAUACGGCAAGAUCGCAGCCGAUUACGAAGUGGACGAGCAAGAUCUACUCUUUUAUUGCCCGCCCACGCCGAGAUCGGGGGAUAAUCGGGAUCGAUUGCUGAGACUGGUAGUCCCCGAAACAUGCAAUCGGACGUAUUACACCACUAUCACACCACGUUGGAAGGAGGACAUCAGGGACUGGGGCAUACCUACCAGCGGAUCAGGGAUCACUUCCACUGGAGGGGAUUAUAUCGGACGAUAUGUGGCGGAAUGCGUGGAUUGCGAAACAGGAAAAAGAAAACCGGUGAUCCGGGGUGAAUCACCGGGGAAUUUGCAGGCGACGUACCCGUUCCCGAUCAUCGCGAUGGAUCACAUACCGUCGCUACCCAGAUCCCAUAAGGGAAACACUAAGCUAUUGAUCUGGGUCGAUCUGUUCACAGGAUAUGUGAUCGCAAAAGCCAGCGCGUACCGAUCGGCCCAGACGGUUGCGGAAUCGUACGAAGAGUGUGUAUUUCGGCGAUUUGGUGCCAGUGAGAUAGUUCGGCAUGAUCGAGAACCCGGCUUCACGUCCGAUUUCUUCCGGGCGUUUAACAAGAUCCUGGGACAACGGCAGCGGGCGACGAUGGCAUAUCGGCCACAAGCCAACGGGACCGCUGAGAGAAUGGUGCAGACCGCGACCAGGGCGCUCAAGAUGUACGUUCGCGAUCUCGAUCAGAAGGAUUGGGAUGAAUACGCCGAGCGACUCACCUUCGCGAUCAACACGACCCACGAUCGGAUCCGAGGAGAUACACCUCACUAUUUGGUGCAUGGGUGGGAUCCUAGAUCGACGUUGGAAGCCACACUGCCAGUCGGCUGCGCUAGACGGCGCGAUCGAGACGCUCGGCGGUGGCGUUAUCGGGUCCAGCGAUAUUAUCAACAGUCCCGAGAGCAGGUCAACGCUAGAUUGAAGGAGGCCAUUGCAGAUCGGGCCGGCCGACAAAACGAAGACGUCGGAUCGCACAAGAUCGAGGCCGGAUCUCAUCGGGUGAAGGAAGGAUACGCGCGGAAAUUGGCUCACAUGUGGCAUGGGCCGUUCCGAGUCGCCGAAAAGAUCAACGAAUUCAGCGUCAAGCUCGAGAUCGCGGGUACCGGGUAUCAGAUCUUCCCAGUAGUGCACGUAUCGAAGUUGAAAUUGGUCAAGGAUUUUCCGGAUCAGCCACGAGUAGAACUUACGGUGGAAGAGGCGGAUCGUCUCGAUUUCGAUGAGAUCCUGCUUCCGGAGGACAUUUGGGUUUCAGAUCUCGGGGCCGAUGAGUACGAAGUCGAGCGGAUCUUCGAUGUGCGGAGUGGAAAGAAGACGCGAUUUGGUCGGAUCUACCGAGAAUUCCUGGUUCACUGGGCAGGAUAUGAUGAGCCAACCUGGGUCGACGAAGCCGAUCUCAACUGCGUGGUAAUAUUGAGCGCAUUCCUGCGAGAACGGGCCAAUCGGAACGGCUUCAAUGUGAUGCAAUCACAUGAGUAG